AUGGUGUCCACGCUGGAGCCUCCAACCGCCUCCUCCGUCUCCCGCCGCGGUCCCUCCUCUGUCGUCUCCCGUCGAUCUCAAUCAGACUCGCGAUCGAAACGCUAUAACCGAUCUCAUACCGGUGGAACUUCUCACGCUCUUCACAAUGACUUCCCAGUCUUUAGUAGUGGCGACGUAGAAAUCAUAAUCCGCGCGCGCGAUACGCCUCCUGAUGCUACUCCCGUGCAGAACAGAUAUCUUCUGCACCGCCAUACUCUCACGCGCUCGAGUGGUUUCUUCGAGACCAGCACAUCAAGCCAGUGGUCCCGCGCCCGCGCACUACCGGCUGGCAAUGAGCUCUCCCGCAUCGGAGAGGACGGGGAACCGGAUUCUGUCAGUGCAAGCGAAGUCAGCUCAGUGUCGCAAAGAGGAAGCAUCCAUCCGCCCAGGAAGAGAUGGCGAUACGAGCUAGACCCCAAAUCUGGACCAAACGAUAUUCCAAUGCUGGUCCAACGAGACGAAUCGUCGCGAGAUACUACACAAUCCUUGUUUGGUCCUGCAUCAGCUCCACCUGCAGUCAGUGCAAGAGACGCACGCUCUCAGAGUCGCUCCAAACACUCCCACUCACAUUCGCGAUCGUUGUCCAACUCGUCAGCCUCAAGUGGUUUCUUUCGCUCUGUCGCCAAUCUCAGUCUCUCCUCCAACCACCCACCUCCGGCCCAAGAGCUCUCGCAAUCGGAUGAGGACCUUUUGCGCGACUACGACAACCUCUUUCGCAUCUUUUACAAUUACCCGCCCAACCUCGAUGGUGUCAAUGUCGCAGAUGCCUAUGUCCAAUGCAAGAGCUUGCUCAACCUCGCCGACCAAUAUGACGCCCUUGCUGUGGUGGGACCUCGGGUUGAUCACCACAUGCUGCAGUUCCAGUCACGGCUCUGGAAGCAAAUCGCCAAAUACCCAAUCUCAUAUCUGCGCCUCGGGUACCUAGCUCGCAGCAGGGUGAUAUUUCAGGAAGCCCUGAUUCACGUCGUUGGGCAGUGGCCGGUCGGGGAACGCAGCCUGCGUGCAGCCCUGCCCGACAUUGUCUUGGAUAUUAUUGAGGACAAGGUUGAUGAACUGGAAGAUACGGUCGGUCGCAUCGAGGGACGCCUGUACCGUCUUGGGCUCACCAACAGCCGUGGUGAACGUGUCGGUCCAAGCAACAACUACCUCGACUGGCUGUCCAUAAGCCUCUUCCGCCAAUGGCUGGCCGACAACACCUCUCCGCAGCCGCCUCCCGAUCAGCGACGCAGGACGACCUCUCGUGACGGCGGCCGCAGCGUCGCCGCCUUACCCCCCGCAGCCCCGCCGUUGAAUUCUGUAGGUCGUGCAUAUCGCCAACUCGGCUCGAAUAAUCCCGCAUCUUUCCUCGGCCACGAUGACUGCAAGCGCUUCCUCAAGCUCACCCCGGAGCUCUACAGCCGGGAGAACCUCCGGCGAUUCGAGAAGCGUCUUGAUGAGCUCAAGUCGAUGGCCCGAGAGAUCGUACGGCCCCUCAUGGGCAGCAACCUCGAACUCGAUAUGGGCGGUACCUCACGCACCCCGGAUAGUGUCUCUUACCUCACCUGCAUCAACGUUGGGAACCGAGACCUGCCUUGGGUAAUGGAGGAUCAGACAACGGUCGGGCUCGUCACCAACUGA